ACUCGGAGGCACUUCAGGGGUUCUGACCGAUGCGUUUGGGCUCAAACCGACGGGAUCCGAGGAAUUUUCAAGAGUAGUACUUGUUGAGAUGGGAGACAGCUGCGGAAGUAGAUCUCCGCCCUCUUCAGAGGCCCCUACAGGCGCCAACGACAGCAACACCGUCAGUAUGGUUCGGUGCACCAGAGUUGGAGUAGCAGCACGCGCAACAUGUGUACUCCUUCACGCUCAAGGGCACUCGCUGGCAGAGGUCGAGAGAAUCACCACUAUCAAGGCUUUGACCGUGAGAUCAAUGGUCGACCGCGCCGUCCAACGAGGCUUCAAUCCAGCCCUCGGCGCUGCGCAGACGAUGCGGGAUGAGUGGUUUGCCGAUGCGCCAAGGACUGGGCGACCACGGAAGCGUUCAAUAUCACUUACUCAAGCAGAAGCUAUCAAGCCGAAGGAGUAGACGUUUCGGCGACGACGGUGUGAACGCGGAGACUGCGACUAUCCAAGCUUACAUCCAACAUCACUUGCCUGAGGACUUGUGUGGUCAAGAUGUGUGGUUUGACAUUGUGGGCUCGGCCCAACGCAGGCUCGUGUGGGUGCAGUGUCCUCCGCGCCCAAGCGCACACAGCCCGUUAUGUCCUGGUACCCACGCAAUCAUACCUACCAGGAAUGUGCAUCCAGGGGGUCAAGCGCAUGGUACAAGCGAUCAAGGCACGCAGCGAAAACGAGCCCGGCGUGGACAGCAAUGGGCUGUGUGGCGAAACACGAAGCCAGGCGCAACUUUGACGAGGUCAACGGCUGCUACUGCCCAUGCAAAUAGAGGCGAGAUCUAAGUCAGUGCAGCACUCUACAUGACUCGUCUUCGGUAUGGACUGUCGAUCAGCUUCAUUUCUACGUUCCCUCCUUUCCUUCGGCUUUGUCUUUUCUGGAUUGGGACUAUAUCUCACUCUGCUGGUAUUAAGACAAUGAUUGAGAUGCAUCUUUAUUGUGUGCGAUCCAAUAGUAGUCCGAGAUCUAGAUCUUCAAAAUGCCGGUCUUUCCA